AUGACUAAGGCAACCAGGAAGCCACGGCCGUCAAGAAGAGUUGCAAUGCGGUUUGCUUCAAGGAAGAAUGGAAUGAAGAAGACCCUUUGUCAAAGGAGGGGCAGACGUGGUGUGAAGGCACGAAAUAUGACCAUGAGGGUCAGAAGACCUCCACAAGGGACCUUCAGAAAGAAAAUCCGAUCGUAUGCCACUCAAUCGACGAAGCCAAAGAAAACAAGAAAAGCAAACCGAUUCUUCUCUGGCUGUGGACGCACGAAAUAUGACCAUGAGGGUCAGAAGACCUCUACAAGGGACCUUCAGAAAGAAAAUCCGAUCGUAUGCCACUCAAUCGACGAAGCCAAAGAAAACAAGAAAAGCAAACCAUUCUUCUCUGGCUGUGGACGCACGAAAUAUGACCAUGAGGGUCAGAAGACCUCCACAAGGGACCUUCAGAAAGAAAAUCCGAUCGUAUGCCACUCAAUCGACGAAGCCAAAGAAAACAAGAAAAGCAAACCGAUUCUUCUCUGGCUGUGGACGUAA